AUGGAUCAGAAAGCUGGUCUUCUUCGACGUGGCACGGGCGCCUAUGCCUCAUCAAACGUGUCGUCCGUCUCUGGAUAUUCUGCCCAAUCCAUGCCCGUAGCUCGCUCUGGGAAUUUGCAGGCUCGCAGUGCUCGUGCAGCUGCUCUGGCCAAUGCCGACAACGUGUCGGUGUCUUCCUACGCAUCGAACUCGUCCAACACAUCCGCACGUCGCGGUGGUAAUCGCUCUCCGCGUGGUACGGCGUUGCGUACCUUGAACAAACGAUACAGCUACAUGCCGCAGAAGUACGCAGCAAACACAACGGGAGCUACGGAGUCUGGAUCUACUUCAUUGUCAUCACGUGGAGCUGUGAUGUCCCGUGCGCGGAUCUCGCGUGACUCGUUCAUUACUAAGAGCGAGAGUCCAGGUGUCGGUUACUACGACGUGCAGGUCAAGGAUCGUGUUAAAGGAGGCGAAAUCGGCGACUCGGACCGCUCGUUACCGUGGUCUCGAACCUAA